AUGAUAGAAGCUGAGAACUUCACCUCUGUCAAGGAAUUCAUCUUGCUGGGACUCUCCAGCCACAGAAAAAUCCAUGUUCUGCUCUUUCUGGUCAUUCUCAUCAUCUACUCACUUACAGUUUUGGGGAACCUGCUGAUCAUCAUAUUGGUGCAGGCUGAUGUACAACUGAACACUCCUAUGUACUAUUUUCUUUCUCAUCUUGCAGUGAUUGAAAUAUGUUAUGUCACCAGCACCAUGCCCCUAAUGUUAUCUCAUCUCGUGGCUGGAAAUGGAGCCAUCUCCUUCCCAUUCUGCAUUACCCAGAUAUAUGUUGUGGGAUCCAUGGCUACUACUGAGUCUUUGCUAUUGGGCGUCAUGGCUUAUGACCGCUACCUGGCCAUCUGCCAUCCCUUAACAUAUGCUGUUGUCAUGGACAAGCGCUGCCAGUUGCAGUUUGCUUUAGCCUGCUGGAUAAUUGCUCCUCUGCUCUGUGGCAUCUGUGAUGUCUUCCUGGUUUGCCAAACUUACUGUGGUCCCAAUCAGAUCAACCACUUCAUGUGUGAGAUUCCUGCGGUGCUGAAACUUUCAUGUGGUGAGACACAAAUUGUUGAGAACAUUAUUUCUGGGGUAGGAGCCUUCCUCCUUCUGCUUCCCUUUUGUGUCAUCCUGACCUCUUAUGCGCUCAUUCUUUAUUCUGUAUCACACAUGAAGUCUACAGCUGGACAGCAUAAAGCUUUCUCUACAUGUGGCUCCCAUCUCCUUGUGGUGACCUUGUUUUAUGGCCCUGGCAUUUUUAUGUAUGUAAUUCCAAAAUCAAACUCAGCUCCUGAUCGUAAUAAGCAAACUGCAAUUUUCUAUGUUCUGAUCACCCCUCUGCUUAACCCUAUCAUUUAUACUCUAAGGAACAAAGACAUCCAUAGGGCGGUAAGAAAGAUAAUGCAAAGAAAAGACUUUGAGCAGAAAACAUGA